AUGUCUUCAUUAAACGAAAAGAAAUCAUAUACCGCAGUUCUUGAUCAAAGUUCAAUGCCAAAUUUUAACUCAUCUUGGGUCAAUUAUAAAGGUGCUUGGUUCACUACCAUCUUUGUCAUUGUCGUCUUGAAAGCUUUGUUCACACUUAUACCUUUUAUAACACCGGAAGCAAGCUGGACAUUAACAAAUCUUGCCUUCAACUGCGGACACUAUAUCAUGUUUCAUUGGGUUCAAGGUAUCCCAUUCGAAAAUAAUCAAGGAGCAUAUGAUGGCUUAACACUGUGGGAGCAAAUUGAUGGUGGAGUUCAAUUCACGGCAACUCGUAAAUUCUUGACGGCAGUUCCAAUCGUCUUAUUUCUUCUAAGCACGCAUUAUACACAUUAUGACUUUUUCCUCUUUGGAAUCAACUUUACAGCAUUAUUAGUCGUCUUGGUCGCCAAACUACCAAUGAUGCAUCGAGUUAGAGUAUUUGGGAUUAAUAAACUUGACUAUGAUAUGGAUUAA